AUGGCUACCUACUUCUACAUUAGCUUUGUGCCCAUACUUUUGUGUGCACUCUUUGUCAUUCAGGCCUCGGAGUUUAGUCACUCCAAGGUCUCAACAAAUGUAAGUUGUAUUGAUGCUGAGAGGAAAGCUCUUAUCAAGUUCAAGCAGGAGCUCACCGAUCCUUCCAGACGUCUAUGGUCAUGGAUUGGUGAGGAUUGUUGCAAGUGGCAAGGAGUUACAUGCAAUGAGAAGACUGGUCACGUCUCGAAGCUCGAUCUCCAUAAUCCUUGUGAUGACUUAGAGAAGUGCAUUUUGGGAGGUAAGAUACAUAUUGCUCCAAACAAACUGAAACAUUUGAAGUAUCUAGACCUCAGCUUCAACAAUUUUUCAACCCAACAAAUUCCAGAAUCUUUAGCUUCUCUUAAAAAGCUAGAGUAUCUCAACCUCUCAAAUGGAGGUUUCUAUGGAGAUAUUCCUCAUCGGCUGAGUAAUCUUUCCAAUUUACGGUACUUGGAUCUUAGUAGUGGGUGGUUGGUGCAAAAAAUAGAGAAUCCUCAAUGGCUAUCCACAUUUUCUAACUUAAAGUACUUGGAUCUCUCUAAUACAUAUGGUCUAGAUACCAAAGAAUGGUUAAGUCCUAUCAACAUGCUUUCCUCCUUGGAGUUUUUAAGAUUGAGUGGAUGUGGUUUGGAAGAUGUUCCAGCCUCCCAGCAUGUCAAUUUCACUUCUCUUAGAUUCCUUGAUCUAAGUUACAACUCCUUGAAUUCAUCUAUUCCUCUUUGGUUUCAAAACUUCAGCAAACUCGAGCAUCUUGAUUUAAGUAAUAAUGAUCUCCAAGGUAUAUUCCCUGCUGUCAUCCUUGAAAAUAGUCCGUGGCUUAGAUUCUUUGAUGUCUCUGGAAAUAAGCUAGAAGGUGAACUUUUGAAAAAUUUGAGCAUUUUCUGCAAUCUACAAGUACUGCGCUUGGGUUAUAACAAAUUUAGUGGGAGGAUUUUUGACAUCAAAGGUGAUGCUUUGAUUUGUGGACAAAGCAACUUGAAGACUAUUGAUGUUUCCAACAACAAUUUCAAUGGUCACUUGCCCAAUCAAUUUGGGAAUCUCAAAUAUCUUGAAAUCCUUGAUCUUUCAUGGAACUCAAUUUCAAGUCCAAUUCCCACUAAUGUGGGCCAACUAUUAUCUCUAAGAGAGUUGCAGCUCUCUUCUAACAAAUUGAGCGGAAAUAUUCUAAAAAGUAUUGGGCAACUAUCCAAUCUAGAGGUAAUGGACAUUGGUGAUAAUCAAUUAGAUGGAGUUGUCAACGAGCUUCACUUUUCUAGUCUCACCAGCUUGACCUCGUUGUACUUUUGGGGGAAUGAGCUUGUUAUAAAUGUUAGUGCAUCUUAG